GUCCGGUCCGCUCGCGCCGGCGUUCCUAAGGGCUCGGUGCCGGCCUUUGUCUGCGGGCGCGCGCGGCUGUGGUACUCAAGUACAGCCCAUGGAAGAGUCAUACGAAGAGGUGGUGAUCAAGCUCAUACAGCAGGAGGGGACAUGUUUGGAUUUCCAACAGCUACCCUGCUGGACUGUCAUGGAAGAUAUGCCCAGAAUGUAGCCUUUUUCAAUGUGAUGACAGAAGCCCACCACAAAUAUGAUCAGUCUGAGGCCACAGGAUCCUCAAGCUGGGAUUUCCAGAGUUCUUUCAGAAGAGAGAAGCUGGAACAAAAAUCCCCAGAUUCUAAGACACUACAGGAAGAUUCACCUGGAGUGAGACAGAGGAUCUAUGAGUGCCAGGAAUGUGGAAAAUCCUUCAGGCAGAAGGGUAGUCUAACAUUACAUGAGAGAAUCCACACUGGUCAGAAGCCCUUUGAGUGUACCCAUUGUGGAAAAAGCUUUAGGGCCAAAGGCAAUCUUGUUACACAUCAACGAAUACACACAGGAGAGAAGCCCUAUCAGUGCAAGGAAUGUGGGAAAAGCUUUAGUCAACGAGGUAGUCUGGCCGUUCAUGAAAGACUCCACACGGGACAGAAACCCUAUGAGUGUGCUAUUUGUCAGAGAAGCUUCAGGAAUCAAAGUAACCUUGCUGUUCACAGAAGAGUUCAUAGUGGUGAGAAGCCCUAUAGAUGUGAUCAGUGUGGAAAAGCCUUCAGUCAGAAAGGAAGCCUAAUUGUUCAUAUCAGAGUCCACACAGGCCUGAAGCCCUAUGCCUGUGCACAGUGCAGGAAGAGUUUCCACACCAGGGGGAAUUGUGUUCUGCAUGGCAAAAUCCACACAGGAGAGACACCCUAUCUGUGUGGCCAGUGUGGGAAAAGCUUCACUCAGAGAGGGAGUCUGGCUGUGCACCAGCGAAGCUGCUCACAAAGGCUCACCCUGUAACCACUGUCUUCCGAGGAAGUUCUGUUUAUGAAUUAACAACAUAAAAUCACCUGAGAUUAAACAGCCUAUCCAGUUUUAUGGAAUGAAUGGAGACUCCUUCAGAAAGACCAUCACUGGGUAGAGCAAACUGAGUUUUCUUUUUUUCCCCAAAUGAGUAUGAAAAAUAAAUGUCUUGUUUAUUAUCAUUA